AUUAAAAGCUUUCGCCAAAGUGUCCUCCCUCACAUCUCUCGUCCGCUCACGAGUUCCGCUGGAGAGGUGUUCGCUUCAGUGACUUCUGAUUGGAAUGAUCUGGGAGCUUCAUAUAAAAGGACACAGCUCACAUUGGUGCGCCUUCAGUGUGACUCUAGUCGACGCAGGAUAAAGUGCUCGCUUUUCACGGUGAUGCUCAAGGAGUAAGAAGACAAAAAUUCCCAAGUGGAGCACAAGUCAAUUUUCUCGCAAAGAGUGCGCGCCCCCGCCUUUAGCAAAAAUGCUAUUUCUCCGAAUGUUUCCACUUGCAUUUCUCACCGUUCUCUGUGGACUUUGUGUCAGUGCGGAGUACCACGGGGAUGUGGGUGUGGGUAUUUCCCCGUGGACCUACAGCAAUAUACAGCGUAUUCAGAGUCUGGAGGAGAGAAUCAAUCAGUAUCGACGAUUCAUUAUUCAUCUCUUUGGAAAAUUACCCGGAUCUUGUGAUUUGCUGAGAAUCUUUGAGGAAUACUCCACUCCUCAAUUCCCCGAUCACUCCCCGGACAUUCAGCACCUAAUUGAGAAGCUUCAACCACCCACAGCGGAAAAUCACGCCGAAACCCGCCUCCCAACAGACCCCAAAAAGAAUCUCCUGGACAUUCUGGACAUCUACUUGGAUUUUACAGCCUACGUCAUGGACCCCGUGUCCACGGAGGGCAUAGAACGCAGCCUCCGGCGAGGCUGUGAGACAGACCUUCUCACCAACCCUGCGGAUAAACGCAGCGAUGAGAAGGUUGUGGGGAAGAAAAUAAAGUUUCACUCCUGGGGUGGGAAGAGGCACCAAGUGAAUCUGGACAGUGGUGCGUACAGGAUCAUCACAAGGACCCCAUUUCACUCCUGGGGCGGAAAGAGAGCCGCGAUGGAUUCGCCCUAUGACUUUUACUAGAAAUCACCUCUUUUUCCAUGUCAGUCCUCCGUAAAUAAGUGUAAAUUUGAAGCGUCAUGCAAAUAAAUAUCCAUGUCAAAUGAUUCUAGGAGCAAA